AUGGACUUCCCGUGCCGUUUGGAUCAGAAAUAUAUCGAUCAGAACGGCAACCCGAAGAAGUCUCUUGCCGACGACGUUGGUGUAGUGGGGUCUGAAGAGAAUGUGGACGAAGUCGAAAGUGAAGAUGACGAGGGCCCAUACGAAGGGGCACCGAUUCAGAGGAAGAUGUCGCGAUUUCUGGUCGAGUACGGGAUCGCAAUCAGUUUAUUGAAGAUGAGGCGGAUGUCGGCGACGAAGACGACGAGACUCGCCUUUCUUGUUCUGGAAGGUCAUGUGGCUAGCUGCGCAACUCGAUCUCGAGGUCACCAAUCGCUAUUAUAUCACGAGCAGAAAAUAAAAGUGAAUAUGCGGGAUGUAGAAGAGAUUCCUAGGCUUCAAGAAGACACGCCUGCAGCCCAGAGUAACUGCGCCAUGAUGUCAAAGCGAAAAGUAAAAAAUUAA